AUGAGAUCUCACGGACAACAAAUUUCGGAUCGUUUGACUGUUGAAGUUGACUGCCACUCUCUCGGCCCCAGUGAAUGCCCCUCGAUGACCUCGAGCUUUUCUCCUUUGGACUCUCCAACUCCCACGCCUACCAGUCUCUACAGCCAAGGCUCAAUGGCCUCACCAGGAUGGCACGAUCCAUCCCACUACCACCACACCAUGCCAAUGGAGCGCCGAAGCUCUCAAACACCACUGCGCAGCGCAUUUAGAAUGGCCGACCUUGCCUCAAAUGAAGGCAUGAUGAACAUGCCCUGUGGUAACAUGGAUCGACCUGAACAAAUGCCACUUCCUGAGUACCUUCCUGGAUACGACGACAACGUCGACCAGCUUUGGCUUCCUCAGGAUAUGCCCAAGACCUUCCAGGAAUCUCAGUUUCCUUACCAGGCGCAGAUGCCUCAGUACAACCAAAUGGCUCGCAACUAUUACCACCGUCCCCAGCAGGCUGGAUACCUGCCGGAAUCAGCUUCCAACCCUUGUCUCUCUCGUCCUAUCUUCAACCAGCCCGCUGAGCGGAUGCCUAACUCUGCCUCCAUGACCAACAUGCUCCAUUGGAUGCCCUCACAGGAGUCGUUGGCACCGCAAACCAUCACUCCUUCCCAGGCUUUUCCCGCUGGCCCUGUGACGCCUCCCUCUUCCUCAUACUCUGAAUUCCCUACCCACAUCCCUACUUUCAAGACCCACACCCCUUCAACCCCUCACCGCUCUGUCUCCAUGGGCACCCCCUCUGGGUCAGACACUCCCAUCAGCCGCAUGUCUGGCCAUGGUGAUUACCAGGAAGAGUUCCAGCUCUCUCCUGUCUACCGCGAUGGUCUAAUUCAGCGUCACCGCCAGCCAUCACGCAAACCAUCUAAGAAACAGCUACUCCGAUCAAACUUGAGUCUCGAAAACCUGCCCUCGAUCAUCAAGCAGGUGCAGUUCAAGUGCAAGGAGCCCGGCUGCAAGGGCCGUUUCAAGCGCCAGGAGCACCUUAAGCGCCAUAUGAAGAGCCACUCCAAAGAGAAGCCUCAUGUAUGCUGGGUACCUGGCUGCCACCGUGCAUUUUCUCGCAGUGACAACCUCAAUGCGCACUACACCAAGACCCACAGCAAGCGGGGUGGCCGCAAUCGUUACGUUGCCACUCUCGAUGAGACCAGUCAAGAUUUCGAUCCCGAUUUCCGCGGCCAACUCACACCUGAUGGUCGCCCUAUCUACGGAAGCAAGCUCGAAGAGUCUAUUCCCGAUUGCGGUGAGCUCAGCGUUGAUGGCUGGGAUGACUAG